CUGGCUCGAAUUAUGACGCAAACUUUUCCCAGAUUGGAGCUGUUCAGAGUCGCGAUUGUCAGUGAGCGCCACCAACUACGGCGAGGGGAAACAAUCCGAUUUGUAUUACACAGUGAAUGUUUAAAAAUAUAUUUCGUGACGUCACGUCGAAUUGCGGAGCCACGAAAGUUUUUAAAGCCGUCGUCUGAUUGAGGAGAGGCGGCAUUUUCGGUAAUCUGCUAUCAAUAUACCACCACUUUAAGUACGUAAAGUCAAGUGGCAGGUAGUUUUAAAGUUUCACUUAAAGAUUAACUUUUUCUAAAAUUUAUAAAACUGCAAACAAUAUUAACUUAAACAAAUUUUAAGAAAAAAGUUUUGAAAAACGAAAAAGUAAAAUAAAAAAAAUAAAACUCGACAAAAAUAGGCGGAUUUUGAAAUAGCAGCAAAUGUUAUAAUCAAUAGAAAGUUAUCUGUGUUGAGAAAUCUAAAUUUUGUAGCAAAUUGACUGAAAUUUUUGCGAGGCCAACUAGACAUUUUAAUUGUGUUCACUGGUUAUUACAUCCAUUUAAAAUCAAGAUUUGAAAGUGCUUUGUGCUGGAGGAAACAAAUUGUGAUAGAGUCUAGACAGGAGUUGAGAGUAUUCUCGAUUCUGUAAUCAGCGGUGUCAUCUGCGCAUCACAAACAGCGCAUCAACAACAAACAGCGAAGCAUGACUGGCCAGUUUUUUUAACAUUUAAAUGGAGUUUAUCGCGGCAUCGCGGUCUUUCAGAAAUCUGUGAAGUGGAUGAUUUUCAUUGAAUAUUUAUCUACAGUUAAAAUAUCUAAAGAUACUUUUGUGAUCCUAAAAUAAUAUUUGCUCACAAAAUUUUUGUAGCAAGUGAUUAUUAAAUAAUAAACUCAACUUUUUAGGGAUAAAUACGCGUUUAAAAUAUUUUCAACAGUUGCAUUAUUAGCGCAGGUAGUAUUUUGCUAACAAAGAUACAGUGACACAUUUAUUGUUAAUUUUGGUUUUAAGUCUAAUUAAAAUAACUGCCCCAGAAAGUAAUACACUUUAGGUAUCCAUUUAGAUUUAACUUGAGCUCCAUUGAAUCGAUCUAGUCCAACCAGUUUUUAGCUGAGAUAAAGUAAGCAGACAUAGCUAGGAUCAAGGCACAGUAUGCUAGGCGCUGAGGUAGCGGGUCUUGGAGCUACCGACUUGGUCUAGCUGGGACAUGAACCCAGUACACACACAAUUCUCCCCCACACACUCUCAGCUCCUGAUUUGCUCCGGACAGCGUGACGUCACACCGUGUUUCAGACAUAUCCUCGGGUCUCGAACACCAGGGCGCAUGCAGCUAUGAGCCAGGCACCCCUGCUACUCCACACACCUUGUAUUAGCCCAGCUCCUGCAGUUGUCGCCGUGUUCCUUGUUGUCCUGAGUCUUGUCAUGCCGCCAUCUGCCCUCAUCGACCCCAGUACCACCCUGGGAUGUCACGUGCGCAGCUACCGGUUCCGCUACACCAAACCCCCAAUCUACGACAGCGACGGCACCCUCCUCACGUGCACCGGCUUCGUCACGGUCAACUCCUGUUGGGGUCGCUGUGACUCCAGUGAGUUCGGCGACUACGUGAUGCCCUACAAGGUCUCCAACCACCCCGUCUGUAGCUAUACCGGACGGUCCAGGAGGAGAGCCUUGCUCACGGAGUGCGAGGGGUACCCCGACCCCACCGUGGAGGUCUUCGACGCCACCGGCUGUGAAUGCAAGUUGUGUAACUCAGACUACAUGAGCUGUGAAAACCUCAACGGGUAACACGUGACUUGUACGGGGUGAUGCCGUCGACGACAAAGAUCCCACCAGUGUUAACCAUGUUUGCUUUUGUUUCCAACAUUAAAAAAAUUA